GAAACACAGAGAGAGAGAGAGAGGGUGGUGGGAAACACGGGGGGAUGAAAAUGAUGGCGACCGUAGCAGAGGAGAUAAGAACCCACACAAGCCCCCGCCCCGUCCCCGACAGCAGCCUCAGCACUGUGUCCAUCCAAAUCAGGCGGAAGCACCAGGAUAGACAGUGGAGGCUGCGCUUUGUUUACCUGCAGUGCUAUUUCUUGACCAUUGCAACAAUACUAGGAACCGGGAUCUUAGGUCUCCCAGUAACAAUAGCCCAUGCCGGACUGGUGCCUUUCCUUGUCUCCUUUCUUAUUGGCUUUUUUGUCCAGGGCUUGCUCAUCUACCUGUUUGUGGAGCUUCUUCAGAAAUGUCAGGUGGUGCAGCUGGAAUCGUUAAAGGCAGAUGUGGCAGAGUGUAUUGUGAUGAAUCGGGUGUGUGUGGAUGAUCCAGCUCUCACAGAGGAUGAGGAUGAAGAUGAGGGUGAAAAUGCAGAAGCAGAUACAGGUUUGCUGCAGCCGGAUGCGGUUUCUCUGCACAACGAGGAGGAAGGACUUCAGCCUAACCUUCAUCUGCUCGGCCACAUUUUCCUCUCACGGCCCAUGAGCCACGCCUUCAACUUCAUCCUCCUCUUCCAGUUUAUUUCUAUUGGGAUUAGUUAUGUCUUGGCUGGCAGUGAGGCCUACGCUGCUCUUCUUAAUGUCAGUCACAUAUAUGUGAUUCCGGCCUUCACCUGGAUUCUGACUCUUGCAAUUUUACUGGGACACACAGUCAUCAAGCCAAUCACGUCCGUGCUCACCCUGCUGAAAGGAAUCCUGCUCAUGGUCACGGUGGCUGUGACAUUUGCAGUGGGGUCAGAGGUCGGCCUUCAGAGCAGCAGUGACUUCAGUCAGAUGGGGAAACCUUUCCUAAUGGGCACAGUGGCGCUGGGGGGGAUUGUAAACGUGAUGCCUUUGCUUUUCUCACAGAUCUCGCACAACAAAACACAGAUCCUGUGGUUUCGUCGAGCAGUUCUUGGCGGCCUGACAACCUGCACUGUACUCAACAUCCUCUGGUGCUGGGCAGUGCUGGAAAUUGUUCCCCAAACAUCUUUACCAGAGUUGCGGACGGCAGUUGGGACGAAUACCCAUCUUGAAUCCAACGGCACACCUGGACCUGCACAACACCCUCUGUUGUACUCCAACAUCUCACUAGAGGAGUCUGAGAAAGCAGGAGAGAUUGCAACCAUCCCACUGACAAAGAUUAUUAAUGAACGUUACAGGGCUUACUCCUGGGUGGCUGAGCUGAUACAGGUGUUUAUAGCCAUCAGUGUCACUGUGUCCUUCCUGGUGAUGGGAUCUGCCAUGAAACACACCAUUGAUGGUCUGGUGAGCUCCAUGUGGACCAAAAGGCUGGAGUGGCUGUCUAAAGCCUGGGAGAGAAAUCUGCCAAACAAACACCACAUCUGCUCGGCAAGAAGCUUGGCCAAAGGAUUCAUGUCCCUGCUCGCAUUUCUUGCCAUCUUUAUCGUGUCAGUGUUUGAUCCCAGGGGUUUUAUUGUCAUGUUGGACAAAGUUGUGUCGUUCUCUCUCAACACUGAAGUGGGACUGUUUGUCUUCAUCAUGCUGAGAGAAUCCAGAGAGGACAGAUUCCAACACCUCGCAGUCCCUCUUCCUGUGGGCGACUGCAUCUUCAGCCUCACUUGGCUGCUCCCCACCUACUUCCUGUUUGCUGUGACCUACGACGUCCUGCAGACGCUGGCAGACGUGGCUCAUUACCUGCAUUUCUACAGCCCCGGUCAGGAAGCACAUUACCAGAAUCUGAGCGUGAGCAUCCCAGCAGUCAAUGUCUCUGCGCUGCUCUGAUCCAAUGAUUCAAGAAACAAGAUAUGGACCACGACGGGUUGAAGUUGCCAAAAAGACGCUUAGCAAGAGCUUUUUUUUUUCUCUUGUAUUCACAUUUAUCAAGUUCUUGAUGUUAUCCUAAAAGUUUGAAUUUAGGCUUGUGUGUUUUUGCGACGCAUCUUCCCAUGAUCACCUAACAAUCUUACAGUGCAGCAGUAGGGGGCGCUCAAGUCUCUGUUUCUUCAGUAGCUUUUUCCAUGAGACCAGACCUGUAGGUGUUUACAGGAUCCAAGCAAAUAUUGUCCGAGUAAAUAUCAAUGAUGUUAACGAGUCUCUCUCUGCCUCCCUCUCACCAGGGUUGCCAGGUCUGUGUAACAAAAACAGAACAAUGACCAAAAAUAGGUCCACCAACCAGGGGACAAUACUAAACAGUAGUCCAAGUUUACAUGGAAACGGUUUAUAAUACUCAGACAUAUAUACACAGUUUGAAAAUGCAUUCAGCUCAAUGUAGAACAAUAUCUGUACUUCAAAAUGCAGUAGGAAUGAAAAUGAUUGUGAUUGGCUCCUGCCCUAGUUGUCGCUCGCAGUCUGUCCCAGGAUAUUUACAUAAAGUUGAGCCUUGUUUUGUUUACUACUCUGCCUCCAGUGCAGGUACAGUGUGGCCGGGGGGGGAUUGUGCCAAUAUAACCUACUGAAGGAGACAGGUGACAUUUACAUGAUAAGAGUAGACUUGGUCACCCACACCAUGUGAAAAUUACGCAAUCCAUACGUACAUCACCAAACAUCAGUGAUGAGGAGGUCAUCGCCCUUUUUUAGUUUGAAUUUAUUCACAAUACAACUUCUAGUCGGACUAUCAAUUUUUCAUUUGUAAAAACAAUACUUACUCUCUCAAAACUGCAAGGCUACAGUAGCAAAUUCAUAUGAAUAUAUAAUACAGAUAUCUAAAUAAUAGACCACAAUACUGUUGCUGUCCAAGCUUUUGUGUCUUUAUGUUUGUUUGAACGACAGGUCGAGCAGACACAAGAACUUAAUAUACAAACAGGUAAUGAAGUAGUGAACAUGCAGUUUAAAAACACAACCAUGCUUUAUAAAUCUGACACAAUGCACAUAUUUCAGUCUCUGUGUUUACAGAGUGUUUUAUACAUCUGGUCCCUGAUCUUUUAUUACUGUAUAUAUAACUGUUUAUCGACACAUAUAUACAAACAUUUUACUGAAAUACUUGCGACUAUAUAUUAUGCUGUAAACUGAGCCACUAUCGAUGUACUAUAAAGAGUAUUCAAAAUGCCACCUAUUAAAAUUGUUAUUAUUUAUUUAAUUAAUUAUUCUAUUUUUAACUUCACUUCUUUAAGCUCUGUCAUCAUGAAAUCAGUGACUUUUAUAGCUAAUAAUGUUUUGGGGAAAUUAUUAAUGACUCGAAUAGUUUCUUUACUAUAAUUCGUCACCAAAAACCUUAACAGUUAGUUUUCAAGUGCAGUUUUCCAAACUUCUCAACAUUUUUACAUUCACAUAAUGACCCUUUGAACGGGGGGAGCCUUAUUAUUCUCCACGCCUCAUCAGUAUUCACGGGGAAACACUAGGUUCCCUUUAGAUUUAGACAAGUUCAAAUGCAUGUUCCUAAAUUCAGGAAGUUUUGAUUAAGUCAUGAUCUCUCUGGAUUUCUCCUCCCAACACACAAAUGUGUCUUGACAUAAAAAUUAGAAAAUGAAAUUGCUUAUAAAGUGAUAUAAUCAAGUGUAUAAUUAUGUUUCUCUUUACUCCAAAAUGCUCAAUCAUGGCACUGGUAAAUGUUCCCAGUUCCAGUCUCCAGCCCAAAGGUGUGAAACGUCUCUGGCAGACGCUACUGUUCUGUUCUGAUUUCCACAACAUUGUGUCUCAUCUGCAAUGGGAUCAAAUAAAUUACAGGAAAAAUCCUUUAUUGAUAUUCACAAGUACCUGUGACUCAGCAGUCAUGGCUCGCUGCCGGAGUGGAGCCAGUGUUCAUUUGCAAUCAGUGUUCAGUUAGGAGUGAAAAUCCAAAUGGCUCCAACUUCCUUUGUAGAUUUGAAAUAAUACAUCAUCCCUUUUCACCCACUUUGAAAAUCCCUGCUUUAAAACACAGAGAGAAAGAAGCAUGUCUCUUUCUGAUCACUUUGUUUUCUGCUGCGCACCACAGAGUGCACCCGCAUGUCGACAUCAA